AAGAAAAGAAAAGAAAAGAAAGAGAAGGAAAGGAAAGGAAAGAAAAGAAGGAAACAAAAAGUAUAACGAACUCGUGAUUGUGAGAGAAGCCUAGGGGAUUUCGCCAGGACUCGUUAAUAUGCAACCUAGUCUGACCCGCAGUGUCUAGUGAUCUUAUAGUCCACAGUCUUGCAAACCACCCUUUUUCGCGAAGGAUUUUUUAGGGCCGCCCAGAUCGUGCCGCCAGAAGUAGUCCGUCCGCCGCCGAAUUCUCCGAGGAUCGAGAAUAAGAGCGAAGAAACGAAGUAACUAGGAAGUUUCUUCCCACCGUGCGAUACGUGGGAAAACAACGACGUAAAAGGCACGUAGACCUUCCUGGGAGCGAGAGGAGGAUAGAAGUAGAGAAGUAAAUUAUCCAAAUAGAAAGGAAAUAAUCGAAGAUGCCGAAGCCGAAGCCACAAGAAGGAGAGGAUCCUGAUCCAACCCCGUACCUCUUUGUCUCCCUCGAGCAGAAGAGAAUCGACCAGACGAAACCAUACGAUGCGAAAAAGGCGUGCUGGGUGCCGGAUGAGAAGGAAGGCUAUGUUCUUGGUGAAAUCAAAGCAACCAAGGGUGAUAUCGUUUCCGUCGCGUUACCUGGCGGCGAGAGCAAGGACUUCAAAAAGGACCAGCUGCAGCAAGUAAAUCCACCGAAAUAUGAAAAAGCCGAGGAUAUGUCAAAUUUAACUUACCUCAACGAUGCUUCGGUUCUCCACAAUUUGAAACAACGUUAUUACGCCAAACUCAUCUACACGUACUCUGGCCUCUUCUGUGUAGCUAUCAAUCCCUACAAAAGAUUUCCCGUAUAUACUCAUAGAUGCGCCAAACUUUAUCGAGGCAAAAGACGUAACGAAGUGCCACCGCAUAUUUUUGCCAUUUCUGAUGGAGCAUAUGUCAAUAUGCUUACCAACAGUGAAAAUCAAUCCAUGUUGAUUACCGGUGAAUCUGGUGCCGGAAAAACUGAGAACACGAAGAAAGUAAUCGCGUAUUUCGCCACUGUCGGUGCCUCGACUAAGAAAUCCGACGAUACCUCCCAGAAGAAAGGUUCCCUGGAAGAUCAGGUGGUGCAAACCAAUCCUGUCUUGGAAGCGUUCGGUAAUGCUAAAACCGUCCGUAAUGACAACUCCUCGCGUUUCGGUAAAUUCAUCCGUAUUCACUUUGGCCCCACUGGAAAAUUGGCUGGUGCCGAUAUCGAGACCUAUCUAUUGGAGAAAGCUCGUGUCAUCUCUCAGCAGGCUCUUGAACGUUCUUAUCACAUUUUCUACCAAAUGAUGUCAGGCUCGGUCCCCGGUUUGAAGGACAUGUGCUGCCUCUCGAAUGACAUCCACGAGUACUACUUCGUCUCUCAAGGCAAGACUACGAUUCCAAAUGUCGACGACGGCGAGGAGUGUACUUUGACCGACCAAGCUUUCGAUGUAUUGGGCUUCACUCAAGAAGAAAAGAACGACAUUUACAAGAUCACCGCUGCUGUCAUGCACAUGGGUGGUAUGAAGUUCAAGCAAAGAGGUCGCGAAGAACAAGCCGAAGCCGACGGAACCGAGGAAGGUGAACGUGUCGCCAAACUGCUUGGUUGCGACUGUGCCGAUCUUUACAAGAACUUGUUGAAACCAAGGAUUAAGGUCGGUAACGAGUUCGUAACACAAGGUCGUAACAAGGAUCAAGUAGCAUAUUCGGUGGGUGCCAUGUCGAAGGCCAUGUUCGACAGACUGUUUAAGUGGUUGGUCAAAAAAUGUAACGAAACCCUGGACACGCAACAAAAGAGGCAACAUUUCAUCGGUGUACUGGAUAUCGCCGGUUUUGAAAUCUUCGACUUCAACAGCUUCGAGCAGCUCUGCAUCAACUUCACCAAUGAGAAGCUUCAACAGUUCUUCAAUCACCACAUGUUCGUCCUCGAACAAGAAGAGUAUACGAAGGAGGGCAUUCAGUGGGAAUUCAUAGACUUUGGCAUGGAUCUCCUCGCGUGUAUUGAAUUGAUCGAGAAGCCUAUGGGUAUCCUCUCCAUUCUUGAAGAAGAAUCUAUGUUCCCGAAAGCCACUGACAAGACCUUCGAGGAGAAAUUGAACAACAAUCACCUUGGCAAGAGUCCUAACUUCUUGAAGCCUAAACCGCCGAAACCAGGCCAGCAAGCAGCUCACUUUGCUAUCGGCCAUUAUGCCGGAAAUGUACCAUACAACAUCACGGGUUGGCUGGAAAAGAACAAGGACCCGUUGAACGACACUGUUGUCGAUCAGUUCAAGAAAUCCAGUAAUAAACUGCUGGUCGAGAUCUUCGCUGACCAUCCUGGACAGUCUGGUGAUGCCGGUGGCGGCGGCGGUGCGAAAGGUGGACGUGGUAAGAAGGGCGGUGGUUUCUCAACGGUAUCAUCGUCCUAUAGGGAACAAUUGAACAACCUGAUGACUACUCUGAGAGCUACCCAACCACACUUCGUCCGUUGUAUCAUCCCCAACGAAAUGAAGCAGCCGGGUGUCAUAGAUUCUCAUCUAGUCAUGCAUCAGUUGACUUGUAACGGUGUACUUGAAGGCAUCCGUAUUUGUCGUAAAGGAUUCCCCAACAGAAUGGUCUAUCCUGACUUCAAGCUACGGUACAAGAUUCUGGCACCACAAGCAGUCUCGAAGUUGGGUUCUGACCCGAAGAAGGCUGCAGAGGCGAUUUUGGAGGCAUCCGGCCUCGACCCCGAUCAAUAUCGUCUUGGACACACCAAGGUGUUCUUCCGUGCUGGAGUCCUGGGUCAGAUGGAAGAACUUCGUGACGAGCGACUUAGCAAAAUCGUAUCUUGGAUGCAAGCCUACAUCAGAGGUUACUUGUCCAGAAAAGAGUACAAGAAAUUGCAAGAUCAACGUUUGGCUUUGGUCGUCGUACAAAGGAACUUGAGGAAAUACUUGCAAAUUCGUACUUGGCCAUGGUGGAAAUUGUGGCAGAAAGUUAAGCCCCUUCUCAACGUUACUCGUAUCGAGGACGAGCUUGCCGCGCUCGAGGAGAAAGCGAGAAAAGCUCAGGAAGCCUUCGAAAAGGAAGAGAAACUGCGCAAGGAACUCGAAGAGCAGAACACGAAACUUGUCUCUGAAAGGAAUGCCUUGCAGCGACAACUGGAUGGUGAAAAAGGUUCCCUCUCCGAAUAUAUGGAGAAAUCUCUGAAAUUGGCCGCCCAGAAAGCUGAUAUCGAGUCACAACUUCAGGAUCUGAAUGACAGAUUCAAAGAAGAAGAAGAUGCCAGGAACAAUCUCUUCCAAAAUAAGAAGAAACUCGAACAAGAAGUGGCAGGUCUAAAGAAAGACAUUGAGGACCUCGAGCUUAACCUACAGAAAUCAGAGCAAGAUAAGGCGACGAAGGACCACCAGAUCCGUAAUUUGAACGACGAGAUCGCUCAUCAAGACGAACUGAUCAAUAAAUUGAACAAAGAGAAGAAGAAUCAAGGUGAAGUUAAUCAAAAAACUGCCGAAGAGCUUCAAGCUGCCGAGGAUAAAGUCAAUCACUUGAACAAAGUUAAAGUCAAACUCGAACACACUCUUGACGAACUCGAAGAUUCCCUCGAACGUGAAAAGAAAUCACGAGCCGACGUAGAGAAAGCUAAACGAAAGGUGGAAGGUGACUUAAAACUUACACAGGAAGCUGUUGCUGACCUCGAAAGAAAUAAGAAGGAACUCGAACAAACCAUCCAACGUAAGGACAAGGAAUUAUCAUCUUUGACCGCUAAACUUGAAGACGAACAGUCGUUAGUAGGCAAAUUACAGAAACAAAUUAAGGAAUUACAAGCCCGUAUCGAAGAACUGGAAGAAGAGAUCGAAGCUGAGCGUGGUUCUCGCGUGAAAGCUGAGAAACAGCGCAGUGACUUGGCACGAGAACUCGAGGAACUUGGUGAACGUCUCGAGGAAGCUGGAGGUGCCACCUCUGCUCAAAUUGAACUCAACAAGAAGAGAGAAGCCGAACUUAGCAAGCUGCGCAGAGACCUCGAGGAAGCUAACAUUCAACACGAAGCCACUCUUGCAAGUUUACGCAAAAAGCACAACGAUGCCGUUGCCGAAAUGGGAGAACAAAUUGAUACGCUUAACAAACUCAAGGCCAGAGUUGAAAAGGACAAGGUUCAAUACUUCAGCGAAUUAAACGACAUGCGCGCGUCGGUAGAUCAACUAAGCAACGAGAAGGCUGCCCAAGAAAAGAUCGUGAAACAAUUGCAACACCAAUUAAACGAAACCCAAGGAAAACUGGAGGAAGUGAACCGUACUCUGAAUGACUUCGAUGCUGCGAAGAAGAAACUGUCGAUCGAAAACAGUGAUCUGCUACGACAAUUAGAGGAAGCCGAAUCGCAAGUUAGUCAACUUUCGAAGAUCAAGAUUUCACUGACAACGCAGCUCGAAGACACGAAACGAUUGGCUGAUGAAGAAUCGAGAGAACGCGCUACACUCCUUGGCAAAUUCCGUAACUUGGAACACGAUUUGGAUAACAUUCGUGAACAAGUGGAAGAGGAAGCCGAAGGUAAAGCGGAUCUUCAGAGGCAACUCAGUAAGGCAAACGCCGAGGCACAAUUAUGGCGCACGAAAUAUGAAUCCGAGGGCGUUGCGAGAGCGGAAGAACUCGAGGAAGCUAAGAGGAAACUGCAGGCACGGUUGGCCGAAGCGGAGGAAACCAUCGAAUCCCUCAACCAAAAGGUUAUCGCCCUCGAGAAGACGAAACAGAGAUUGUCGACGGAAGUGGAGGACUUACAGAUCGAAGUGGAUCGCGCAACCGCGAUCGCCAACGCCGCCGAAAAGAAACAGAAGGCAUUCGAUAAGAUUAUUGGCGAAUGGAAACUCAAAGUGGACGAUCUCGCCGCCGAACUCGAUGCCAGUCAGAAGGAAUGCCGCAAUUACAGCACGGAAUUGUUCAGGCUCAGAGGUGCGUACGAAGAAGGUCAGGAACAGUUGGAAGCAGUGCGUCGCGAGAACAAGAAUCUCGCCGACGAAGUAAAAGACCUCUUGGAUCAAAUUGGCGAAGGUGGACGCAAUAUUCACGAGAUCGAAAAAGCCAGGAAGCGCCUGGAGGCUGAAAAGGAUGAACUGCAAGCCGCUCUGGAAGAAGCUGAGGCCGCUUUAGAACAAGAAGAGAACAAAGUAUUGCGCAGUCAACUUGAACUGAGUCAAGUCAGACAAGAAAUCGACCGACGUAUCCAGGAGAAGGAAGAGGAAUUCGAAAAUACCAGAAAGAAUCACCAACGUGCUCUCGAUUCUAUGCAAGCAUCGCUCGAAGCUGAAGCUAAGGGCAAGGCCGAGGCUUUGCGCAUGAAGAAAAAACUGGAAGCAGAUAUAAACGAAUUGGAGAUCGCCCUGGAUCACGCGAACAAAGCGAAUGCCGAAGCUCAAAAGAACAUCAAGAGAUACCAACAGCAGCUGAAGGAUGUCCAGACCGCGCUCGAGGAAGAACAGCGAGCUCGCGACGAAGCGAGAGAACUUCUUGGAAUUUCGGAACGCCGGGCGAACGCUCUUCAGAACGAACUCGAAGAAAGCCGUACUCUUCUCGAACAAGCGGACCGCGGACGUCGCCAGGCUGAACAAGAAUUGGCCGACUGCCACGAGCAACUCAACGAACUAGGUGCUCAGAACGCUUCCAUCUCUGCUGCCAAGAGAAAACUCGAGGCUGAGCUGCAAACCCUUCACUCUGACUUGGACGAAUUGUUGAACGAAGCAAAGAACUCUGAGGAGAAAGCAAAGAAAGCCAUGGUUGAUGCCGCUAGAUUAGCCGACGAACUUCGAGCCGAACAAGAUCAUGCUCAGACGCAAGAGAAACUUCGCAAAGCACUCGAAACUCAGAUCAAGGAACUCCAGGUGCGCCUCGACGAAGCUGAAGCGAAUGCCCUGAAAGGUGGUAAGAAGGCAAUUCAAAAACUCGAACAACGUGUUCGUGAAUUGGAGAACGAACUCGAUGGAGAACAGAGGAGACACGCUGACGCUCAGAAGAACCUUCGCAAGUCCGAACGUCGCAUCAAGGAACUCAGCUUCCAGGCUGAUGAGGACCGCAAGAACCAUGAGCGCAUGCAAGACCUUGUCGAUAAGCUUCAACAGAAAAUCAAGACCUACAAGAGGCAGAUCGAGGAAGCUGAAGAAAUCGCUGCUUUGAAUCUAGCGAAAUUCCGCAAAGCGCAACAAGAGCUCGAGGAAGCAGAGGAAAGGGCGGACCUGGCUGAACAGGCAAUUACCAAGUUCCGUACUAAAGGACGCGGAGGAAGUGCUGCGCGCGGACUGAGCCCAGCGCCACACCGACCUGCGUUCAAACCCCAAUUGGAUGGUUCCGCAUUCCCGCCACGCUUCGACCUGCAGCCCGAUGGUGAACUGUAAAAAUCUAUACGACAACGACAUACUUGUUACAAACACGAUCGUAACAGCUUAACGUAUGAAUUGAUCGCAACCGGCGAACUUUCAUCGUGUCAUCUCACUCAAAUAACUCAUCCCAUCGUCUUCAUACCUACGCACAUACAUCUCCAUACUAAAAGUAAAGAAAGUAUCCUCAGAUCUUUACUACUUUCGUGUUGACACGAGAAUGUCCGUGCUUGGUCUCAUCUUGCCAGCUUCGAGAUAAAAAUAGAAAAGGGAAGAUUACAAAAGAUUGGAAAUUUUUCUUUCGACAUUCUAGUUCUAAUUCUAGUAUAUUUGAUUGUUAAUUGGCAAAAGAAAUCGGCAAUACAAUAGACGUGGAGGAGAGAUUAACCUUCACCACUCGCGCUGACGGUCGAGGAAAGAGAGAGUGAAAGAGUGAAAGUGGAAGAGUAAGAGAGAAGACGAGAGAAAGGAAAGGUGCGAGCGAGCGGUUGAAAUGAAAAACGAGAGCCAGCUCGAAAUUUUAAACGUUGUAUUAUGAACACGUGGCAGAAAAGAAAAGUAUGUGCAAUACUGGCAUACGCGCGUAUCAAGCGGACGAAUCGAUAAAUAGAUACGAUAUACACAUUACAGAAACGGAACGAUAAAAGAAGAACAAGAUUACAUGGUAUAAAAAAAUAAACAAUAAAUAAAAAUAUAACGCUAGUCACGGAUUUGAACGUCAGCGCGCAUUAUUAUAUACGUCAUCGAAAUGAUAAUCCUAUCCUAUAAAGUUAAUUGUAAUUUAUAAAGAGAGCCGAAGUAUGUAUUUAUUAAAAUAAAUAAGCAAUAAAUAAAAUUAAGAACCAA